AUGGAAUGCUCAAGAUUCUUUACAUUUCUCUGUUUUUCGUUUAGUUUCUUGAUUUUGGGAACUUAUCAACUACAAUCCUCCCAAACCCAAGUACUUUUGCAGCUAAGGAAGCAAUUGGAGUACCCAAAACAGUUAGAUUUAUGGCUUAAUACUAGCACAGAUUUCUGUUAUUUGUCAACUACUCAGGUGAACAUAACUUGUGAAGACAAUUUGGUUACUGGGAUCAUAAUCUUUGGUGAUAAACAGAAAAGGGUUAGUAAUUUUAAUGUAUUUCGAGUGUCGAAUCAAACUUUGUCACAAAAUUUCUCCACAGAUUCCCUUGUAGCCACCUUGUCUAGGCUAAAUGGAUUGAAGUCUCUUAGUUUGGAAUCAUUAGGCAUUUGGGGUCCAAUUCCCGAUCAAAUUCAUAGAUUGCAAUCCCUUGAAUACUUGGAUUUGAGUUGGAAUUUUCUCUAUGGUUCUAUUCCUCCAACACUUUCGAGAAUUAGUAACCUUCAGAUUCUUAAAUUGGAUGGGAAUUUCUUGAAUGGUACCUUUCCUGAUUGGUUCGACUCGUUUUCGAAUUUCACUAGUUUUAGUAUGAGCAACAAUCUUUUGAGUGGCUCAUUGCCGUUUUCAAUACGAAGGAUUACCACUUUAACAGCUCUUGUUUUGUCAAACAAUGCGAUUUCUGGGAAGUUGCCAGAUCUUAGUAGCUUAUCUAGCCUACAAUGGCUCAACUUAAGCGGAAAUAUGUUCGAAUCAGAACUUCCCAAUAUGCCGAAAGGACUGACAGCAGUUCUGCUAAACAACAACAACUUUUCUGGGAGGAUUCCUCAGCAAUAUGGUCAAUUGCAUCUGCUUCAGCAAAUUGACCUUUCUUUCAAUGCCCUUAAAGGGACACCUCCUGCAGGACUUUUUUCGUUUCCUGGUAUUGUUUCCUUAAACUUGGCAUCAAAUAUGUUGAGUGGAUCGCUUCCAGUGCGCAUGAGUUGUGGCAGUAAGCUUGGAUCAGUCGAUAUCUCUAACAAUAAAUUGAGAGGUCUGCUGCCUUCCUGUUUGAGCUCUGCGAUAAAAACUGGAGGUGUGAAAUAUGGAGGGAAUUGCUUGUCAAUUGAUCUAAGCCAUCAGCAUCCAGAAACAUAUUGUUUAGAACACCACAAAGAGAAGAAAAAAUCUGAAGAGAAGAAUUUGGGGAUAUUAAUUGGUGUCAUUGGUGGAAUUAUUGUUAUUAUGGGGCUUCUGGCCUAUGGAUUUCUUGUUUUGUGUCGACAAUAUUGUCCUCGAGGAAAAUCGGAGCAACAUUUAUUGCAAAAGUCAGUGCAAGAUAACUCUGUCACGGGCUUCACUUCCGAGCUUUUAAUGAAUGCUAGGUUUAUUUCUGAUGCAGCAAAGUUAGGCUCACAAGGGACACACGCGCAUCGCCUGUUUUCAUUGGAUGAGCUAAAGGCUGCCACAAACAAUUUUGAUAAGUCCAACUUGAUGGGUCAAGGUUUGACUGGGAAGAUGUACAAAGGAAGACUUGAAAAUGGGACUCCAGUAUCUAUUCGGUGCCUGACUGUAUCAAAAAGAUAUGCAAUUCGAAAUCUCAAACUAAGACUCGAUUUACUGGCUAAGCUACGACAUCCACAUUUAGUUUGCCUCUUGGGGCACUGCAUUGUGAAUGAAGGAAAGGUUGAAUCUGAUGUGAACAAUGUCUACCUCAUAUACGAAUAUGUUCCAAAUGGGAAUUAUCAAGCUCGUCUUUCGGAAACUAAUCCCGAGAAUGUACUCAAAUGGUCCGACAGAUUGGCUAUUCUGAUUGGUGUAGCCAAGGCUGUGCAUUUUCUUCACACUGGAAUUAUUCCAGGUUUCUUCAAUAAUCAAUUGAAGGCGAACAAUAUAUUGCUGAACGAGCAUCAGAUGGGAAAGCUGAGUGAUUAUGGGUUGUCAAUUGUAGUCCAAGAGAUUGACGAGCAUAAGGCGGAAGGAGGCCUUAAUUCAUGGCAAAUAAAGAGCGCGGAGGAUGAUGUUUAUAGCUUUGGAUUGAUAUUACUCCGGUCGCUUAUUGGUCCUUCAUUCUCAGCGAGAAAUGAGACUUUUUUGCUCAAUGAGAUGGUUUCGUUGGUUACUCCCGAUGGCCAGAGGCGAAUUGUCGACCCAACUGUACUCACAUCUUGCUCACAAGAAUCUCUAUUGAUUAUCAUAUCCAUAGCGAACAAAUGCAUAUCGCCUGAAUUCUCAACUCGUCCGUCUUUCGAGGAUGUUCUUUGGAACUUGCAAUAUGCAUCUCAAGUUCAAGCAAGAGCAGAUGGAGAACAAAGAUUUUGA